AUGCGCUGGGAUUGCCUGUUCACGAUUGGCUAUUUUCGGUGGAAAGAGGAGUCCGGGAGGCGUUUUUUAUCAUCACUUGUUCAGCUGCCGGCAAUGAAGGAGGUUUCGAAACUUUUGUUGGAGGGCAAUUCAGUCAGAAUGACGAAGCUCAGCCAAGACCAGGAAAAUACUCGGUCCCUUUCUGAUAAACCAUCAGAGGCUGUUAAGAGAGAGAUCCGCUCGCUGGGCUGCCCUGCUCGAGCGAGGGACGUUAUUGAAGAUGGAGCUUCUGCACCGCUCGAACACAGGGGAAAGCUGUCGUCCCCCGAACUACCCUGUCCACAGUCUUCAGUUACUAAUAGUAAUACCACCCUCAACACCACUGCUCAAACCCGCCACAUCUUGAUGAUACGAUCCGAAGGCGACAUGGAAUCCAAAACUAAUGAUGUCAUCUUGCCGACUUACAACGAACGGCGGAACUUGCCUAUCAUGAUAUGGUUACUGGCCCGAACUUUUGAUCAACAUCAAAUUGAUUGGGAGGUGAUCGUAGUAGAUGAUAAUUCUCCAGACGGGACAUUAGAGGUUGCUCAACAACUACAACGGUUAUACGGUCCGCAUCGAAUCAUUAUUCGACCCAGAGCCGGUAAACUAGGUCUCGGAACGGCAUAUAUGCACGGCUUAUCGACAUGUACUGGCACCUUUACGAUCAUCAUGGACGCCGAUUUCUCUCAUCAUCCCAAGUAUCUGCCCACCUUUAUUGCUCUCCAACGGGCACACGGCCUGGACAUCGUCACCGGCUCUCGUUAUCGUCCUGGCGGCGGCGUACACGGUUGGGACUUCAAAAGGAAACUCGUCAGCAGAGGCGCAAACAUGCUUACAUACAUUCUUCUCGAUCCUGGCGUCAGUGAUGUCACUGGCUCAUUCCGAUUAUAUCGGACAUCAAUCCUAAGAGAAUUGAUCCAAAAAACAACAUCACGAGGUUAUGUAUUCCAGAUGGAAAUCAUCGUAAGGGCCCGAUCGAUGGGAUGUAGGAUGGGGGAAGUGCCGAUCACGUUUAUUGAUCGAUUGUAUGGGGAUAGCAAGUUGGGGAAAGAUGAGAUCUUGGGCUUUGUCAAAGGUCUUUGGAAACUGUUUUGGACUAUCUAAGAAGCCCCCUCUUAGUAUUCUCUCCUCAUUUCGCACACCUCACCGAUUAUCUUUUUUUUCCCUCUUUCAGCUAUGAUGUUGUCAAAAUUAAUUUAUCCUGAAUUCAUUUUCUUAAUUUCAAUUUGACCUCUCAAUUACUCUCGACCUUAUUUUCUCUUAAAGCGCACUUUUCCAUCCAGGUGGAAUCAACUGAAUGAAUGACAAAGAUUGAGUGGAG